AUGCGCGAUAUCCAGGAGCUUGUUUGCCGCGAGCUUGAAGACUUGGACGAGGAGGACCUGCUCGACUAUGUGUCGGAGGGCGACGGAGAGCCCUUAGACUCGCUGGAGGCGCCGCUGACACUUGACGAGAGUUUCAAGUGCACCAUUUUCGUUGCUGGAGUUCCAAAGGUUCCGAAAGAGAAGUACGAUCGUCUCAUGGGGGUUCUGUCCAAGGUUUUCAACAAGUAUGGGGAGAACGAGAAAGAAAUGCCGUACAAUGCUGAGGGAACCGAGACAGAGGGCUGUGUCAUCGUGACCUUCAAGCGUCCAGAGGAGGCCUCAGCGGCGCAGCAAGCCUUGGACGGCAUGAGCUUGGACAAGAAGCACACGUUCAAAGUGGUGAAGUUUGACGAUUUCAACCGAAUCACUCACAGGGAGGAUGAGUUCAGGCCUCAACGGAAUCUGGCCUCAUACUCUCGAGCAGAUUUCCGAUCUUGGCUAAUGGACAAAAAGUGCAGGGAACAGUUUUUGCUGCGAUAUCAGACAGAGACGGAGAUCUACUGGCACGACACCACCAUAGGCAGGCCUACGCGAUACCCGUUCGUUCCAUCGCAUUUCGUUACGCGGCACACAGACCCACGCGGGGUUGUAGUACUUUUUUAG